UUCACAGUCUGUUUCGGUGCCCCGUGGCCUGCGCCGCCCGCACAGAGGGUCGUAGCUAUGGCGCCGAGACCCCCGGGACCCCCAGACACGGGCGCAGUGGUCUAUGAGGAUGUGGCCGUGAACUUCAGCCUGGAGGAGUGGGCCCUGUUGGAUCCUGCGCAGAAGCAGCUGUACCGGGAGGUGAUGCGGGAGACCUACAGGAACCUGAUCGCCGUAGGAAAAACUUGGGAAGAUCAUAGCAAAGAAGAUCAGAACCAUGAAUGGAGUCAAGUAAGAUGUCAGGUGCUCGAGAGACUCCGUGGAGGUAAAGAGGUUAGUCAGAGUGGAGAGAACUUCAGGCAGCUUCCCAGUCUCAGUCUGAACAAGAAAAUGACUACCCUGAAACCAUGCAAAAGCAGCACGGGUGAGGAGGACUCCAGCCUCCCCGCAUCCCUUGCUCAGCAUGCCCGGUGCCCCGCUGCGGGUCAGCCAGCUGCAUUGGCGAACUCUGGAGAGAAGCCACAUCACUGUAAGAGGUGUGGGAGGACCUUCAGAUUUCCCAUUUCUCUCCGAAUCCACGCAAGAACCCACAGUGCAGAGAAACGGUCCCGGUGUCAGCAGUGCGGGAAAGCAUCUGCAGGCCACGGAAGGAGCCAGCGUGGAGAGAAGCCCCGUGCUUGUAAAAUGUGUCGCCGCACACUGCCCCAUGCCUCAUUCCCGAGCCAUGCACAAACUUCCCCGGUGACGAAGCCAUAUGAAUGCGGGGAGUGUGGGAAGGGUUUCCGCGCCCCCUCCGGCCUUCGAGAGCAUGCGAUCACCCACACCGGGGACGCAGCUUAUAAAUGUCUCGAGUGCGGGAAAGCCUACAGGUACCACAGAAGCUUAAGAGCGCACGGGCGGACCCACGCAGGAGAGAAGCCCUACAAGUGUGAAGACUGUGGCAAAGAAUUCACUUGCCUCAGAUACCUCCGGAAACACACGCGAACUCACACCGGGGAGAGGCCCUACCAGUGCCAGGAGUGCGGGAAAGCCUUAACUUCGUCCUCCAGCCUCCGGACACACAUGAUCACGCAUACCGGUGAAGGACCGCAUAAAUGCCAGGAGUGCGGGAAAGCUUUCAGGGCCCCCUCGAGCCUGCGCGAGCACGCAAUCACGCACAUGGCAGACGCCCCCUACACAUGCCAGGAGUGCGGGAAAGCCUACCGCUACUACAGCACCUUCCAGACGCACCAGAAAACACACACAGGAGAGAAGCCCUACUCGUGCGGGGAGUGCAGCAAAGCCUUCAGUUGUCUCAAGUACCUCCGGAAGCACGAGAGAACUCACACCGGGGAAAAGCCCUAUGCGUGCCAGGAGUGUGGGAAAACCUUCACCACCUCCUCCAGCCUUCGGACACACAUGAUCACGCACACGGGCGAGGGGCCUUACAAGUGUCAGCAGUGUGGGAAGGCCCUGAUUUCUCCCAGCUCGCUGCAGAUCCACGAGAGAACGCACACGGGGGAGAAACCUUACGUGUGUAAGUGCGGGAAGGCUUUCCGAUCUUACUCGAGUUUCCAAGUCCACGAAAGAAAUCACACCGGGGAGAAACCAUACGUUUGUAAGACCUGCCCCAAGGCCUUCAGUUGCCUCCAUUACCUCCGGCAGCACGAACGAAGCCACACGGGCGAGAAGCCCUAUCAGUGCCGAGUGUGUGGGAAAGCCUUCAGUUCCAAUUACGUCCAGCUCCACGAAAAGAUGCACACAGGGGCCAAGCCCUAUGGGUGCAAGGAGUGUGGGAAAACCUACACUUCCGUUUCCAGCCUCCAGAAACAUGCCAUCACACACUCGGGCGAUGCCCCGCACAAAUGCAAGGAGUGCGGGAAGGCGUUCAUCUCCCUCAGCUUGUUCCGGAUCCAUGAGAGGACGCACACGGGAGAGAAGCCAUACGCAUGCAAGCAGUGUGGGAAAGGCUUCAGCACCGGGAGAGGCUUCGAAGCCCAUGAGAGGAACCACGCCGGGGAGAAGCCCUACGGAUGCCAGACGUGCAGCAAAGCAUUCAGUUGUCCCCGUUACCUGCGGCAGCACGAGCGGAGUCACUCCGCAGAGAAGCCAUUUCAGUGCAAGAUCUGCGGCAAAGCCUUCAGCUCCACGUACAUUCGGCUCCACGAACGGACACACACAGGCGAGAAGCCCUACGCGUGUCAGACGUGCGGGAAAAUCUACACUUCUUUCUCGAGCCUGCAGAAGCACACAGUCACGCACACGGGGGACGGGCCAUACAAGUGCAAGGUCUGCGGGAAGCCAUUCAUCUUCCCCAGCUCGCUGCAGAAGCACCAGCGGACACACACAGGUGAGAAGCCUUACAAGUGUCAGCAGUGUGGGAAAGCCUUCAGCUCGGCCCUAAGUUUUGAAGUCCACGAAAGGAAUCACACGGGAGAGAAGCCAUAUACAUGCAAGACGUGUCCGAAAGCCUUCACCAGCCCCGUGUACCUGAGAAAACAUGAAAGAACACACAGUGGGGGCCUGGAGAAGCCAGCACCUGCUUCCCGUGCCUCCAAAGACGCCCAGGACUUGGAAAGGGAAGUUGAUGACAAGUCUCUUGGGAAUACAAGGAAAGUCUGGGACAGUGAGAAGGAUUUGGUGGCCUGUGAGGACGUGGCCGUUUACUUCAGCCUGGAGGAGUGCGUCCUGCUGGACCCUGCAGAGAAGCAGCUGUACCAGGAGGUGAUGGGUCCCACGGUGGCGGCAGGGCACACGGGGAAGCAACGCAGUCCUGACGGAGACCUCUGCAGUGGUGAGAAAGCAGCAGCGCAGGCCAAACCCCGGGGCUGCAGCCUGGGCGCCAAAGCCUUCGCCACGCAUUCGUCCCGGAACCCGUACCUGCGCUCCUGCAGCGGCGCCCCGAUGGCCGCGCCCGGGAGGGCCUGCUCCCUGCAGUCAGUGUGCAAGCACGCGUGCACGCACACGCGCGAGCGGCCCUACCCGUGCCCACGCUGUGGCAAGGCCCUGUGCUGCACCAGCUCGUUCUGCAGCCACACAUGCACGCACACGGGCGAGUGGCCCUACCAGUGCCCGGGCUGCGGCCAGGCCUUCCCGUCGCGGGGCAGCUGCCAGCACCACCUCAUCACGCACACCGGCGACUGGCCCUAUAAGUGCCAGGCGUGCGGCAAGGCCUGCAACCGCCCCGGCUCCUACCGCGUCCACGAACGCCCGCACAGGCUGAGAAGCCGAUCACCUGCCCCGUCCGCAGUGAGGCCUUCAGCUGGGCCAGCUCCUCCGGCCCCGCACUCGGCUGAGAAGCGCCGCCACCGCGCCCGUGGCAGUCAGGCAUUCCACCCGCUCCCCACCUUCCGGGUGCUUGCGUGUAGGCACACGGCCGAAAAGCCCCAGAGCUGCCGGCAGCGUGACGAGAUCCUCGCUUCACUCACCAGCUUCCACCGCCAGACGACAGGUGACGGGCCAUGCAAGUGCCUCGACUGUGGCCAGGCCUUCAGCUGUGCCAGCUCCUACCGCGUGCACACAUGCAAGCACAUGGGCGAGAAGCUGUUCGCCAGCGCUGUCUGUGGCCAAGCCUGCAGCUGCGCCAGCUACGUGCAGGUGCACGCGGGCUCGCACAAGGGCGAGAAGCUCUUCACCCGUCCCAUCUGCGGCCAGGCCUGCGGCUGCGCUAGCUACAUGCAAGUACACAUGUGCACACACACGGGCGAGAAGCCCUAUGCGUGGCCCAGGUGUGACCAGGCCUCCGUCUCCUGCACCACCUUCCGGGGCCACCUGUGCCCGCACACAGGUGAGCAGCCGUACCGCGGCGAUACGUGCGCAAGACCUUCCGCCCUCCCAGCUCCUACCGCAGCCACGGGAGGAUCCACACGGGCAGAAGCCGCUGGUGUGCAGGCACCGUGGCAAGAACUUCAGCUGGCCCACAUCCCUGCACAAGCGUGUGGUCAGGAUGCACAGCACAUGGGCUGCGGUACCUGCGCCUCCGCGAAGGCCGCCAGCAGCCCCCAGACCAGACGCAAAGGCCUGAGAUUGGAGGCGAGUGAGGGGUCCACUCCACUCAGCGUUGACCCUUACGUGGCGACUUGA